UUUUGUCGUCUCGAUUGCGUUUACAGCUAUCACCGCACACUGUAGCCACGUAGUAAUUAUUUGUUAUUUGUUUUGGUCUUUUUUUUUUUUUUUAUUGUUUUCCCCUCCGCCAAUAAUUACGAAACCAACGAUUUGUCGGUAGGACGCGUCCGCGUGUGAGUGCUCGCCGAUCGAAAUACCUAGACGAAAAGCCGGACAGGUGGAAAAAAACUCCGAACUGCAGGCGCGGUACUCGGAGCGUACACGCGUUGAAAUUUCAAUUAUAACCGUCGACAUUAUUAAAUGGUGUCCGGUGUAUUUGUCGUUUGCGUACCUACAGUCGUUACCGCGGACUUGUCGAAAGCUCGGCAUUAUGCGCUUGUUGACCGUCGAAAUAGCGUCGAUUCUAGUUGUUCAGAUCCUUGUGCUUUUCGCGCCGCAAAACCACGGUGGGUAUAAUAGUAUUUAACAAUAUUAUGUGGCGGACGUAUUCAUAAUACGUGUAUACAUUUUAUACCGGUGUAACAGGUGAUUUGUACCCCGCGUGUACCUCGGUGGCUACGAAUCGCCAAAAGUAGGUAAUAAUAUAAAAUAUGAUCAAAGAUAGAUGUGACGUUAAGUGAAAUGAGUAUAACAGAACCUAUAGAAUAAAAUUGCCGCUUAUAUUUUUAUUUUAAAAUACCUAUGUGAUCAAAUAUACGACCGAUACCUAUACAAAAACUGGAAAUCCGAAAUACGUUGUAUGAUUUUAGAAGUUUAUUUUUCGACAGAUCGAGCACGAUCGCCUGCGAACGCGGCGCGGUAUUUUCUGUAUAAAUAUCCAUUUUAUAUAAAAGCUCGUAUUUAUAACAAAUGUAUAGAUAAUGGAGCGGUUUAUUGAUUUAUUUAAAAUUGCAAUAUCAAGUAAUUUAACUAUUCAUCAUUCCUGUGACGAUAUGCAUCUACGACUGUGCGGGACAAGAAGUGUACCUAUCUAUAGGGAUACAAAUCAUUACUUAACUUUAACGAUUCAUAUCCACCGAGGUAAUAAUAUAUUUGAAGUACAAAUCGCUUGUCACUGUCGACGAUUUUUCCUACAGGUGAUUUAUACCCACCGAGGUAAUAAUAUGGUGGUUAUUAAAAUACUGUGACGCCGGGCUAGGGGGAAAAAGUUGCGAGAUAAUUUUUUUUUUUUUUUACAACUGCGUAAGCGUAUACGAUUUAUGAUGAAUUGUGUGAUGAGCAUUUUUGUGCGUGGAUCCGAUCAAAAAUAACAGAACAGAUUUUUUGUAGUGAAUCGCGGUAAAAUAGCGGAUCUGAUUGAUGGGGUAGAGGAGUUAUAUUUUUGAUUUUCCAAGUAGUUUUUAUAAUAAUUGAGAAAACCCGCAAAAACGGAUAAUUAUAACGACAUUAAAAGUUUCAUUAUUUUCAAUUUUGUUUUUUUUUUUUUAACGGAAAUCUUAUUUUGAAUAUCAAAAGAGUAGCAUUAUUUUCUGAAAGAAAAUGUAAUCUUGUUAGCGCAUUAGUGUUUUACUUGAUUUUACUCGUAAUUUUCUUGAUUAAAGUCAACAAGGGAAAAAAUAUGACUAUAAUAAUAUAAUUUUGCUCAAAAUCGUUUUUAGUUAGAAAUGCGUACCGUACGCAAAUUAAAUUACUCCAUUAUGAUAUUAUGUAUUAUAUUAUGAUCUUCUCUUCCAACUUCCCUUUGAAAACAGUGGUAUAGGAACACCAGUCUGCAGGAUCAGUUUUUAUUUUUACCGGUCUAAUGGAUUAUUGUUUGAUCAAACAUGUCUGAUACAGGGAUACUUAUAUUGACUCGAGUACGUUUAAUAUGUACCUACGUUUGGUAUCUGUGAAAGCUGUAUGGCUAAGAUGGGUAAACCUUUUCAGUCCCGUCCGAUAUCGCCUGGCGCAAUUACGCGUACAUCAGGUGUUCUGAAAACGAUUUCGUGCACGUUUGGCACAGGUGUGUGUGAAACAAUAAUCGGCCAACGGUAUGAAGUAUAGAGUUUAAACGUAUAAUAUCUACGUUUAAUAACUACCAGACUAUAUUACCGUAUUACGCGCAUACAAGUUGUAUACUCGAUUAUUUGCAUUAUUAUUGCUAUUAUUUUUUUUUGUUGUAUAGUAUUAUAACCACGUAAACACGAACCAACUCGUAUUAAUUUUAUAUUACUUAUAUUUUAUUAUUACAAAAUUGUAAUUCGUAGAGUAUUUGUGGCAUGGUUGAUGUGUUAAGCGCUCAAAAUCGUUUAAAAUGUUUUGAGCACCUAUCUGGUUUUUUUUUUUUUUAAUUGCCUACUCAAAAUAGUAAAUAAAAAAUUUAGAGUUUGUGAGAAGCGAAAAUUGUUCGUCUUAUAAUGUUUCCUUAUUUGUAUUAUUAUUAUUCAUUUUGUGUGCCUAGGCUUUUUGGGUGGGAAUGAUCCAAUUUUUUCUCCUCAGUUUCUCAAGUACAAUAUUAGUAACGAGAAAAAUACAAUUUAAAUGACCUAAAAUUAAUUUAAAACUGUCCUAAAUAGGUGUAUAAUAUAAUAUGUAAAAAUUGUUUUUUUAUUAACCUGGUGUACAACCCACAUUAUUAUGGGUUAGUGUCUGAAAUCUUCGGCUAUAUUCACAUUGUAAAAACUAAUAGGUAUACAGGGUAUAAAUUAAAUAUAAAAAUAUCAAAUAGUUCUGUUACACUCUGUAUACUAGAUAAUAUAUGCAAUAUAAUAUGAGUGUAUCGUUAAAAAUAUUCUUAAGUGCGAACGUUAGACUUCUCGUACCUACUACACUUGUAUUUUGCACAAACAACAUAAUAUUUUUCCAAGGCCGGUUUCUGGGAACAUAUCUUUGGAUAUCUCUAUGUGAUUGAAUUGCCUUUUCUUUGGACACGGUAAACAAAUACAUAUUCAAAUAAAACGAAUAACAACACGUAUUAAAAAUACAUAUACAUAUAUCUAUUUGUAUAAAACUAAAAAUUGUUGACUGGAAACCCACUGAUUGUCGUAUCCUAAUCGAAUUGAUUUAUUGUAUUUACCAUUUCUUAUUAUGUAAAAUUCAUAUAUUCUAAUACAUCUCUUAUGUAUUUUUUUUUUAUCCACAAUCUAGCAUGCAUUCUGAAGGCUGUUUUGCGUUUAUUACAAAAUUCGGUUAUCAGUAAUCAUCUUCUUAGUGAUAACGAUGUAAAAUCAUUGAUGACUACCGACGAUACUAUGGACAUCAGAUACUGGAAUUCGUAAGUGAAACCAUCACUUAUAAUUAACCACCUAUUACCAAUAAUAAUCUAAAAAUCGUGAGGCUAAUGCGUUAUAUUGAUAUUGCUGACAAUAUCAGUGAAUUGAAUCAAUAGAGUUCUAUACGUAUAAAAGCAUGCACAUUUUUUUAAAUAGAUGCAUAUUGUUUCUGAAAUUAGAUUAUUGGAAAAUCGCGUUGUUUUUUUACAAUACUAUUAACUGCAGGAGCCUUAUUCGACAACAUCGAGUUUUAAAUUUCGAAUAAAUACACAUAUCAAGGAUAAUUGUACACUAUACAUGAAUUAGUUUGAAAUUGUAUUAUAAUUAUUAAUUUUAAUUAUACUUAAAUGCCAUAGCCAUUGUCAACGUCGAAAAACAUAUUAAUUAUACUAAAUCGGAGUUCAAUAAUCAUUCGAAAAUCACACGUACUUAUAGAAUAAUAGCUCUUGAUUAUUGAUUAUUAUAGUGAUCAUAUAGUAAGGUUUAUGAUUUUUUUUUUUUUUUUAAUUUGACUUUUUCAAAUAUAAAUCACUGAUUUGUCUUUGAGAUAUCUGUAAAAAAUUUAUUUUUUAUCUUCUGAGUGUAGCGAAGUAACUAUUAUUAUUAUUAUAGCUAUACUAAGAUGGUUUUUUUUUCGAAAAACUUUUUUUCGGUUAGUUAAAAUCUUCGAUUUUUCAUGCCGUACCUAGAAAGAGGAAUUGUUGAAUUGCAUUUUUUUCCCUAAAUUAAAUAAUCAAACUGCACUUGGGUCAAAAUAGGUAAUAGUUGAACUGCACUUAUGUGAAAAAAGUUUUAAAAACUCUUGUUUCCUUUCCCGCUUAUAGAAAUACGUAUUAUUAUAGGACUGAAAUGAGUUUUUGAAUUUGUUAAAUUAUUAAAAUUAUUGUUUGUAAUUAUUUUUCAUAGUAAUUAUAAGAAACUCCAUUAUGGUUAUUUGAUUUUAAAGCAUAAUAUAAAGACAUAUAAUUUUCGAUUGCGUUUCUUUUUUUUAGAAAGUUUAAACCUAAUCACGUCAAUGAUUAAAUUUUAAGGACAAUUAGUGUGUUCAAAACUUUUAAAUUAAGUUUAUUUUUUGAAACAUUUUUGUUUAAAUACCUUUCUUGAUUCGAGUGUAGUUCGAACAUUAGUUACUACCUAUUUUUGUUCCAUGUGCAGUUCAAUCAUUAUCUUUUUUUAAUCUCAAGUGCAAUUCAACUAAAAUAAAUUAAAUUCAAUCUUACUCAUUGAAAGAUGUAAAAUUUCCGUCUUGUGGUAGGUACUUAACUUGAACAGAUUUAUAGAUGAAAUCCUUUUUAUAUUUAAUUUGCCAUCGAUUUUAGGAAAUUAGGAAAAACAAAAUCGAUAAAAAUAAAUUAUGGUCAAGAAGCAGAGCUAAACAAUUAUUGGAUGUUUAAUUCUCCGUUAAAAGUGAUCAUUCACGGAUGGCUCGAUUCGACCCGACACAAAGAUGGGGUGUUCUGUAUUAAAGCGGGUAAAUGAUUUUAUAUGUGUAUAUAUAUAUAUAUAUAUAAAAUAUUUUUGGUAAGAAUAUAGUAUGUUGUUCAACACAUAAUGUUGACGUUAUACAUUCAUAUAUUAUAUUGAAGCACUAGAAAAUACCGAUGUUCCAUUCUUUUUUUUUUUUUCAACAGCUUAUAUUGACCUCGGAGGGUACAAUGUUAUAUCAGUAGACUGGGGUUCAAUAUCCUCAAACAGAAUAUACAUGUUGCCAGUGUUAAUGACGCCAAAAAUCGGUAACCUACUGGCUAGAAUAAUUGACAAUAUUAUUGAUCUUGGUUUGGCCAAACUAGAGGACAUACAUCUGAUUGGACACAGUCUUGGUGCCCAUAUUGCAGGAGUUUGUGGCUCUUCGAUCACCUCGGGCAAAAUUUACCGAAUAACAGGUAAAAUAAAAAUUAACGAAAAUAGCCGCACGCACUUGUUUGAACAGCGAGUAAGCCAUUAUAGUUGUAGGUGAGAAGUUAGUAAGAUAUAGGGUGGAAGAUAAUUAUAUUUAUUUUAUAUAGUUUAAUAUAUUUUAUGUUGAAAGAAAAGCUAUUUCAAUAAAUGUAAUAAAGUCUGACAUGCUAAUUCAAAACUGAAAAAAUAUUUAUUUAUUUUUUUAUGAACAACUUUUUUACCAGAGGAUUUGCUCCGAUUUUUACAUAUUUACAUAUUUUCAUAACUAUAUGAAAUAAUAAACCAUUGCUAACGAAAAGCGAGUGUGAACGAAGUUUGAUUAAUCAUGUUUUGAAAUGCCGUAAUUUUUACGAUUUGUAUCAAACAUGAACUUUAAACGUGCAUAAAUACAUAUAAUAAAUACGCUCAAUUUGUUUUUACUACCAAGUGCAACUUUCUAUAUAAAUAAUUUUCUCCAUAUAAUACCAACAAAAUAAAAAAUAAAAAAUGUCUAUAGAUGAUAUCUAAAAAAAUUCCUGACUUUCCUAGAAUUUUUGAGUUGUUCUAAAUUAUUAAGAAAAUUUCAAAAAACGACUUUUUUAUCAAGUUGAUAAAAAUGUUUUUCAGUUAAGAUUAUUUUCUUGAAAUUCGUAACACGAUUCCUGGUAGCAAAAUAAAACCAAAAAUAAUGAAAUUUUUAUUACUUUGACUGGUUUUCCUAUAUCUUUUUUCUAGGUUUUCCCAAUAGGUUUUCUCAGUACACGAAUUAGGUCCAAUAUGCAAUAAAGAAGGGUCUAAUGCCAUUUUUUGAUUAAACUAAAAUUUUUGUUGUCCAAAUUACUAACAGAUACAAAAAAAUAGAAAAAAAAAACAUAUCAUAGUGAAACCAAUACAAUUUCAGAAUGUAAAAAAAACGCACUUUGUAUAAUAAAUUACAUUUCGUUUCGUAGGUCUCGAUCCGGCUGGACCGGGCUAUGAGUAUGCAAGGUUCCAAAGAAACGGGCUGAAGAAAACGGACGCCAAAUUCGUAGAUGUGAUCCACACUUCAGCCGGGUCCACGGGUAUGUUUAGUUCGAUCGGCCACUCGGAUUUCUUCCCGAACGGUGGUGUUCCGCCACAGCCGGGUUGCUUCGAAGGCGAUGUCAAUCUACUUAAACUUAUAGGAGUUGGUUAGUAAUACACAUAUAUAUCUUCGCCGCUUUUAUUUUUUUUUUCGGUUUAUACGGUUUCUAUUCAACAAUUGAUAUUAUAAAAAAUCGUUUCGUCCUGAUAUCAGUGGGUUGCAGUCAUUCAAGAGCAUAUGAACUUUAUGAAGACUCGUUGUACAACAGGUUCUCGUUGUUGGGGAUCAAGUGCGAUUCGUGGCAGGAAUACAUGAGAAAUAUGUGCAAGGAAAACCCUUUGAUGCCAGUAGGACAUGAUGCUACAUCAGAGUGAGUCAAUAGCGCUUUCGAUGAGCAAACGGAAAUUACUUUCUACACUUGUACUGCCAGCGGCGUAGUAGUUGGAUAACUAAUCAUACAGCUAUGUGGUAUUAUUAAUCAUGUAGUACACGUACAUAAUAUUAUUAUUAUUAUUAUUAUCACUGAUAUCAGCGAUAUAGCCAGAAUUUAUUUAUGGGGGGGGGGUCUUUUGGGUCUAAACAAAAACAGUCUUAAAUUUACUUAUAGCCAUACUUACCUAGGGGGGGUUACAACACCAAAAAAUCCCACUGACCACGCUAUUAAUCAUUAUCAUCUCAAUAUAGAUUUGGACGUUUUAACAGAUGUAUACUAUUAUUGUAUAUAAUCCAUGUAUUCCCGAUAAUCUAUCUGCCAAUGCAGUGGACUACUUAGCAGAUUUUUGCGAGUUUAGGAAUACUUUUCCUUGAGAUGUAUUGAUUUGGCUGCAUAUGAAUUGCGUUUCUAAAAAGAAAAACGUACUUAGCGACCAUCGAAUUGCGUCCUGUUUCGGAUUGUGUCCGCAGUAAUAAUUAUUGUAAUUCUAUUUCUACAAUAUGUUUGGCGAUAAAGAUACUCGUAAAUAUAUGAUUAAAUAUUAUUAUAAGGAACGAUAAAAUCCAACGGAUGACAAACCUGAUGAAUUUAGGAAAACACGGAAUAUAUAUAAUACUAGGUUGCUUACUUGUGACAAAAAUAUUUAAAUUUGUGUCUUAUCACAAGAAAUGUAUUAUUUAAUCAUGAAAUCGGUUUUAUAAAAAAAAAUUUUCACGUAAAACAAAAAUAAAUUGUCUACAUUAUAGAACUAUUUAACUGUACUUAAGAGUGACAACUUUUUCUAAAGUAGCAUUAUAUGUUAUUAUGAUCAAUUUUAUUUAGGUAUUUCAUACGCACCUCUAUAGUGUGUAUAUACGUAUAAAAUUUGAAUUUAUUUCCAGGUUGAUAGGGAAUUUUUACUUUUCGACUGGACAUAAUGCACCGUUUGCUAUUUCCGAACCAGAAGAAUCGUCAACCACUGUGAAAAAUGACCUAUAAAAUUAUAUCUGCAAUUUUAUUAUAUUCAUUAAUAUACAUUUUACGAGAUGUUCUGAGUCUCGACAAUUAUUGUGCGUGCGACAAUUAUUAAGGGCAGGGCAAAACAAAAUAAAUCAUUACACACUAGUUACACGGAUCAUUUUUUUUUUAAUUCAAAACUAUUAUCGUUGUGGGGUUUAUAUACCUUUUAAUCAUUAUUUAAGUGUUUACUUCUUAUUGCUAAAAAAAGACGGGACUAUAAAGUUGUUUAUCGAGGUCAACAAUAAUUCGUUGGUCUCACACUUCCGAGUUCCGAGUUCUACAUAUAGUAAUUUCGAAAAUUCAUUAUAAUCUGUUAUCUCAUAUUUAUUUAUUUAUUUACUACCUAUAUACAUUAUAUAAUUAUGCAGUGAAUACGAAAAACAUAAAAGGUCGUGUUUUGACGAGUAAAUAUAAAAAUCGUUUCAGAAUCAGUAUUUAAAAUUAAAAAUAUUUUAAAAUGUAUUUAAAAAUUUAGCUUUUAUUUUGUAUUAAAUUAUUAUGUAAUUAUUACUUGAUAGGUAACAAGAUACGUCAGAUAUUUUGUAAGUUUAGUUAAUUUGUAUUGUAAUUAUAUAUUUAUAUAAUUACUAAUAUUAUGUCAACCGACCAAAUUAUAUUAUAAAUAUUUAUUACCUAUGUCUGGGCUGAAUUGUCGUAGAUUGAAAUAUUUUACGUAUAUUUAUAUAAUAGU